AUAGAUUGUAAAUUAUAUGGAAUAAUGAUAAAACGAUUAAAGAUAAGCAGAGGUCGAUAAUGUCAUCAGCAGAAGUUGAAAGUUCACGGCAUUUGAUAAGCCAACCAUUAUGGAUAAAAGAUCCUAAUUAUUUUGAUUUACAAAGUUCAACAAGAUCUGAUUAUUUAUGGGAUCCAAGAAGUUCACGAAAAACUGAACCUGAAGGAAUUCGUGCACGUAGUUUUAAACCAAAAGUUUCAGCAUACAGAAGUACACUUAAUUGGGAUUUAGGCGAGAGAGCAAAAUCUAUCUCGUGUGUACAUACUCAAAUUAAUCCACAAACAUAUAAGAAUCAAAGUUAUUCUUUGAAUAGUUUAUUAGAUCAACAACCAAGUGACUGGCUUAUUGAUGAUUAUGAUUCAAAACACAAGGGAUGGAGACGAACAGAACAGAUGGUAAGAAAUAAAGAUUCAUUCACAAAAACUUCAUUAUAUCGUGAACAUUUCACACCAAAAGAAGCUGAGCAUGUACAACCGGUGAAACCUGUUCAUAUACCAUUAAAAACUUCAGAGAAAUUUAGUGAUAAAUCUGUUUAUACGGAUGAAUAUACAUGGCGACCAAUAUUAAUAGAUUAUAAUCGUUUAAAGCAUCAUAGACUAUGUCUUCCAAUUGAAUGCAUCCCAUCAAGACCCAGAGAUGAAUCAAAUAUAAUGACUAUUGGUGAAGAUGUUAUAUCAUUGUCUAAUACAAAUUCAAAGCCAUUUAAAAAUACAACUUACAGAGAAGAUUUUCAAAGGCGUGAAUUGAUUCGUAAAGAACCAGUUAUGUGUAGAAAAAUUUCUCCUACAAUCAAAUUAUCUAAGGGUUUAAAACCACCUUACGAAAUUCAAGAGUCUGAUUUUAGUAUGAAUUCAAAAUAUCAAUAUGAUUAUGGUUGUUUACUAAAACAUCGUCGUCUAUCUAGUCAGUUACCUGCAGCUGGAAUCACAACAACCGGUGGACCUAUUAAAAAUCAAAAUCAAACUUAUUCAUUUGACUCGGAAAAUUAUCCUUCAUUUAUAAAAGAAAAAUCUAAUAUCGGAAAAGAAAAAACUCAAGAAUUCUGUUCAAAUAUCAAUUUAUCUCGACAAAUGUAUUUACCAGAUAUUGUUGAACAAAUGGACAACAAAUGGCCAUAUUUAGAGCAUAAAAAAGGAUGUUUCUAUUCAACUAGACCAUUGGAAGGAAGUUUUUAGAAAUCGUCGUUAUCACUUGUAUUUCUGUACCGAUUUCCACCAUAAAUAUUUCUAGUGGAGAAAUACAAAUUAUU